UAUCAUUUGCGCAGUGCCAAGCUCCUGGGACACGAGGACAUAUUCUCAAAACACCAUUAAGGCACAGCGGCUGAAAGAUGCUUCUGAAGGUCUCCAUUCUUUCCAAGCUAUCGCUAUCUUGGGUUACUAUCAUGGCAUUGGUAACUGGAUUCUUCGGUGCCUAUGGCCUGCGUCAUCUGCCACUUCCUGACUAUGAAUAUUAUGAUGUACCUCAGUUGCCUCUUUCGCCUGGUCGGAGUUCAGCAAAGACCGCGAGACCGUACAAGUUUGACUACAACAUCGCUGAUCACGAGGGCAACCAGCAGUAUCGAAUCGAAAGGGCCGACACGCAAAACACCAAGACGGGCGCGUACGGAUAUCGCGCUGUCAACGGAAUCUUCCGCCACGUGAACUACAUCGCCGACAAAUACGGCUUCCGCGCUGUUGUGAACACAAACGAACCCGGCACUGCUCCUAUGGACUCUGCCGACGCCGUCUUCAACGCGGCUCCCAUCAAAAUUCUCCCUGUUAAGGCGCCCCGGCAUUCAGUAGCUGCCGAGAACAUUUGGUACGCAGGCCUCGCAAAAGAAUACGGUGGACGGUACGGCCUCCGGAACGGCGUCAAUGCCGUUUCAAAAUUUCCAGAGCAAAGGCAGCUUCAGGUUGACACGGAGCACAUAGCCUUGGAGAAUUCACACUUAAGCUCGGAUUACUACUACGAAUAGCCAUGAAACAAAUACCGCCUAUGCCACCGCACACCCUCACCUCACAUAAGGAAAUGGGAAAUGCCCUCUACUCUGAGAAAGAAGUUUUGAGUGCAGCUACGUCUAGUCUAUUGUACAGCAGAAAUAUAGGCUGCAACUAAGUCGGGGCAUGAGCCAGAUGUUCGCUGCGGAUUUUGUAGCAUGGAAAAUAGCUGCUCUCGCAACAUGCCAAAGAAGAUCCUGAAGCUUUUGGCAAAGGAGACAUCAAUAUGCAGAGAUGUAUCACGAGCUAGCGACAAAGCAUAGGUAAAAAUGAUAUGCAGGGAUGCUGUAGCAACUGUUUCAUGUAAUGUUUUAUAUGGAUAGUGCGCGUCAGAGCGCAACAGCGAGUCUAAUAAGACACCAACUUCCAACAAUAAAGAGAAAGUACCUCGCCAAAGGUAGCCAGGAGAAGCGAAGUAAGCGUCACAUAGGAAUAUGCACUCGCUUCAUCAUCAAAAAUGGAUAUCUUGAACUUUAUGUAUACAUUAUUUGUGUCAUUCAAUACAGGAUCGCUGCCUAAGUAGCCACUUACCUGGCUGCGAAAUGAUGUAUAAAGGCUCGUUAAAGAGUGGUAAUUAGGUGGAAGGAAUUUUUUGAGUGUUUGUUUAGGAAGUUAUCUGUUUAAAAAGUAUAUUUCAAUUGUGUGUCCAUGAAAUGGUAAUGCGCAGUUUCUUGCCAUCAGAUUCCUGCUACGCUGGAAUCGUAUAAAGCACUCACGUCUGCUGUGAUUUGUGGCUGCAAUGUUAAGUGCGGGUGUGGAUAUUACGUUAGUUUAUAUUUAUGUGAAAAUACGCGCCGGGUGGAAGACUCCAAUAGGAACAUAUUUAUUGCGAGAAAAAAAAGUUCUUUCUACGUCUCCACAAGAAUCAAUAUUGUAUUCAACAACAAAUUCACAUCCUUAACAU